UUGCGAUUUACUUAAUUCUUGUCACGUGACUAAAAAUAGCGUAACAGAAUGUAGGCAUUCAUCUGCAUCGACUUUAUUUGUCACAAUAUAAGACAAACGUGCCCUAUAAUAAAAGUAAGACAUAAAAAUGGCAAGGAGGCGUAAAAUAUUAUUUCUGUUUUGAGUAUAAUUUCUCGCUGUGUUUUCUCUUUUUUGGAACAAACAUUUCUUAUGAUUAACAAGCGUUACUUAUGCCUUGGUAUGUAAUACCUAAAUUUAUGUAAAUAGAUUGACAAAGGAAAGUGAUAAAAGAUUACAAUUCUUUUCUCGAAAUGUGUUACAUUUGCGCAAAUUCAAACAGGAUCCACGUCAACAAGUAUUUUGAGAAAAUCAAAUGUGACAGAUGAAUUAUGGUGUUAGAUUUAACAACUAUAGGAACAGAUAAUGCCUCAAAUCUUUUUGACGUAAAUGCUGAGUGCUCUGGAAUUCAUAACAUCAACAGCAGCUUACAGUGUUUAUACGCUUUAACUUCAAUAGAUUGUACAGAAAAGAUAGAAUAUAUAGAUUACAACUAUUUCGCAUUCUGUUACUUUGGACUGAAACUACUAGUUCCAGCAACAACGAUUUUAGUAUUAUGGCUUGCCAUGCUUUUUAUUUCCCUCGGUAUCACUUCAAAUUAUUUUUUAUGUCCCGCCUUGUUCGCCAUAUCGAAUCAUCUAGGUCUCUCACAAAAUGUUGCUGGAGUAACUCUUCUCGCUUUUGGCAAUGGGUCUCCUGACAUCUUCUCAUCUGUAGCAGGUUUCCAUAAGGCUUCAGCUGAAUUAGCUAUAUCCAGUCUUGUUGGUGCUGGAAUGUUCGUAACAUGUGUUGUAGCUGGUUCAGUAUUCAUGACCCAAUCGUUCAGUCUCAUGAUCCGUCCAUUCCUUAGGGAUAUAGCAUUUUACAUUUUGGCCAUAAGCUGGACGUUCGCCCUCUUUUUUACGAACAAAUCAUACUUGUAUCAUGGCAUUGGUUUUGUCGUUCUUUAUCUUGUGUACAUAAUCGUCGUGUUGGGAAGUCGUUUCAUAUACGUAAGCAUACAAAAGAAAAAAGAAAAUAGCGUAAAAGAAAAAAACGUGGAAAAAACUGGAAAGAAAAAAGACAUUGUUCCCGACAGAUCCGAAAUUCCAAAAGUAACCGUAACUGUUGAAGGAAUAACGUAUGACAAUGAUCCGGAAGCAACAGCAGUAGUUUUAAAAGCCCUUUAUUUCAAUGGAUUCGAAUGGGUGGACGGAGGAAGAAGACUGUCUAAAGCGCACAUACCGUUGGACGAGAGACGGAAAUCAUCCAUCAGUCGUUUUUCCAUAGACAAUCAUGCAUUCAACAAUACAGGAAGUUGCCUGUCAUUAGAAAGCAAUGGUGUAUUUAAAGAAUUGUUUCCUCCAGGAAGUUGCCAGUCAUUAGAAAGCAAUGGUGUAUCUUCCACAGAAAGAUUGGCAGCCUUACCAAAUGUCAUCGACAAAGGUGAAUUUUGGGAGUUUCUCCUAAAAAUAUGUCCUGUGAACACUGAAAAAUGGUCAUCCUUACCAUGGUGGAGAAAGUUGUUAGUAGUCAUAAAAAUUCCACCAAUAUUCGUCAUGCGACUGACCAUCCCUGUCUUGGACACUGGUGCAGACGACAUGAAUUGGAAUAGACUUUUAACCUGUGUCCAAUGCGUCACCGGUCCAGUUUUUAUAACUUUAAUAAGCGAAUAUGAGUUUUACAUGAUAAGAGACGUAUUUCCUGUCAUCGUACUGGUUCUUUGUAUUUGCAUAGGCUGUGCACUUCUAGUAUAUUUUACUUCAGAACGAGAUUUUCCUCCCAAUUACCACUGGAUCUUUGCUUACUCGGGAUUCAUUGUUGCUGUGAUGUGGACAUAUUGCUUGGCAAACGAAAUUGUUGCAGUGUUGCAGGUCAUUGGAGUGAUUUUUGAUUUGAGUGAUUCCAUUUUAGGCUUGACAAUCCUAGCUUGGGGGAAUUCUAUAUCAGAUUUCCUGUCAAAUGUAGCUGUUGCCAGGAAGAACUUUCCCAGAAUGGCUAUUUCUGCAUGCUAUGGUGGACCACUCUUGGCUUUAUUGCUUGGCUUGGGGAUACCGUGUAUUAUUGAAAUAAUUAAAGGACGAAUCCCACCGAAGAAUCCGCUGAAAUUUUCGCCACAAUUUUUCUUCUUAUUCUGUGCUAUUGGAAUUGGACUUUUCACCACAGCAAUAACUAUGACCCUAUGGAAGUUUCAAACCAAAAGACUAUACAGCAUCGUUCUUAUAACUCUCUACUUAACAUUCAUGACUCUAUCAGUGCUUGAAGAACUUAAAAUAUUCACGUUCUCAUUGUGAAUGCAGAACACCUGAUACACUUUUUAUUGAACUAUAAUUUUUCUGUUAAUUGUGUACCAGACAUUCGCCAAACUGACUACAAGAACAAAUUUCGCUGGAAAUUAUUUUCGUAUGCUUAAGCAAUGGUUAUGGCCAAUAUAAAUAUCAAUAUAACUCAUUAUUGUAUUGGAUUUAGAACUUUAUGAUGUCAUAGAAAGGUAUAUUUUUUGCACUGUUCCGAAAAUGUUACAAAAAAGCAUUUAGAAGAAAGUUGGAGCUACGAAUUUAAAAAUUUAUCAGGACAAAAGGUCCCGGCUCAAAAAUAGUUAAGAUAGAUUUUAAGCUUGCAAACAAAAACAAAUCAAACACUUAAAAAAUAAAUUGAAAUAAAUAAAAAAAACUGCUGACUAAUUCAAAAAAUGGAUCUUCUCUGUAUAUUCACAUCUUUAAUCUUCUCAAAUACUUGAAAUCUUUAUACGACUUAAUCAGAAAAGUAUGAAUAUUAUUUAAUAAGAGAAUUUUUCCUCUUCUCUAAUUAAGUCUCAUAUAAUUUUAAGUGCUUUCUUUUAAUAGUGCAAUUAAUUCAUCAUGUAUUGUAGUUUUGGACACUUUUGGUUUUUAGAGCUUCGGAACCUACCAAGUGCAACUUUUGAAUACAAUUUUUUUACGUCAAGCUCUGCAGAUACAUUUUAGAAUUUUUCCAUUGUGUUGCAAAUCUAUACAAAGGUUUCUGCUACUGGGAUUAUACAACCAUAAUUAUACUUUUAAUGAUACUAAAUGAUAGAUUUUUUUUUAACUACCAUAUUUCUACGUAUUUCUUUUUAUUUGAGAGAAUUAAAUUGAAUAAAAAUCUAAGUCCACAUGGAUCAAAUAAAUCAUCGGCUAAUGCUGUGAUAACGAAGAUGGCUCGUUAGUAACGACAUUCACUUUAUAAUUACGAUUCUAAUGAGGUGUCAUAAGCUAAGCUCACGAAUGUUUUUGCCAAGAUUAAUUACCAUUGAAAAAAAAUUAUUAAUGACAGUACAUACAAAAAAUGUGGUUGAUAAUGUAACAUUUUUCCUUAAUUUGCAACUCUGCCUCGAAAUAAUUUUUAGCCAUGAUAAAAUAAGCAAGCGAAUAUA